GAGUGUGAGCAAAGCCGCUCAAGUCUGAGUGCUGUAAAAACCCAGGCGUGGGCUCCUAUAAAUAGCCGACCCUGCCUUGCACUGCCUCUCAGAGGACUGCCAGCCUGCCACUGCUCCCACACCGGGGUCGCCCUGGAUCUGCAUACUCAGAGCAAGGUGCCUGCCCAGCUGAAGCCAUGAAGAUCCACAGCCUUGCCCUCCUCUCAUUUCUCCUCCUGGCUGCUCAAGUGCUCUCAGCAAAGGUCAGAAAUGGAACAAAGAACAGACGGGGCAGCAUACCAGAAGGAGAUCCAUCAGUUCCUCUGGGCAAGGGCCAGAGUAAGCAGAGAAGCAGAACAUCCAAGUCCAUGACCAAUGGCAAAUUUGCCACCAAAGACCAAGCUUCCUGCAGAUGGUCAGUGACUGAGCAGGAGCUGAUCGUCACCCUGAAAGUGGAGUGCACUCGAAUGGACCAGGAGUUUUCUUGUGUCUUUGCCGGAAAGCCAACUAAAUGCCUCAAGCUCAAUAAUGAGAAGGCCUAUUGGAAACAAAUCGUCCGGACGCUGCGCAAACAGAAGAACUUAUGUGAGAACUCCAAGAGUGUCCUGAAGACCAGGGUGUGCAAAAAGCAGUUUCCAGAAUCCAAUCUCAAGUUGGUAAACUCCACUCUGCAUGAGAACAUGAAGCCCAGAAAGGAGAAAACAGAGCUGUCCCCCAAGGAGCAUAUUGAGGUCACCAGCCCUUCGGCCCUGGAGCCAAAUGAGGUCAAAGAGAACAUCCAGUCCAGACCAGCAGAGACUCAGACUGUGGCCGUCAAAGGUCCAGAGUGUAUGGAGGACCCAGAUGUGGUGAACCAGAGGAAGACUGCCCUGGAGUUCUGCGGGGACUCCUGGAGCUCCUUCUGCAACUUCUUCCUCACCAUGUUUCAGAGCACAACGUGUUAACGAGGUCAAAAGGGACAGUUGCAUCCUAAGCGCCCACCUGCCCCUCCUCCAUGGUGGAAAAUUCUCCAAGUUUCCCACAAGAUAUGAACUUUUGUGUUAUGGAGCGCACUUCAAUAUUUAAACAGUUUUUAUACUUUUGUUUUUGUGUUCUGGAAUUUGCUUUCUUUCCAUUUCUUUGGAUGUGAGUCUCAAAGACUGUGUAUAUCACUGUAUUUCCAUGGUCCACAAGGCUGUGUGCCUAGGAGCAACAAAGACUUGCAUUUGAACUGAGCGAACCUCAGUGAGAUUUCAGUCUGAGGCAUUUUCUGCCAAAUUAACAAAGAUAAUAAAGAUCUGGGUGUUCUCAGAAAUACCUUCA